UACAAACUGAUUUUGACAACAGUUUCCGAAAUCCAGAAACCAAAAUUCUGAUUUGCAGCCAGAAUUCAUUUCAUCGAUGGCGUUUUCCGUAUCCUCUUCGCCUGCAGCCGUUCAUAGCUCCUCUCCAUCUUCCUCUUUUGAGCAGCCCAGAGCUGCGCAAUUCGGUUCAUUUCAGCCACUUGAUAGGUGUCCUCUUCCAACAUCGUCGCUGAAGCUCUCACGACGCCGUUGCGCCGCCGUGAAACCGUUGAACGCGGAGCCGAAGAGGAAUGAUUCGAUCGUUCCGUCGGCUGCAACCGUGGUCGCUCCUGAGGUGAUAGAAAAAGCUGAGGUAGAAGAGGACUUCCAGAAAUUGGCGGAGGAACUCCAAAAUGCUUCUCCUCUUGAGAUUAUGGAUAAGGCUCUAGAGAAAUUCGGAAACGAUAUUGCUAUCGCGUUUAGUGGGGCGGAAGAUGUGGCUUUGAUCGAAUAUGCUCAUUUAACAGGAAGGCCGUACAGGGUUUUCAGCCUUGAUACAGGGAGAUUGAAUCCAGAGACGUAUAGACUCUUUGAUGAAGUUGAGAAGAAGUAUGGGAUUCGUAUUGAAUACAUGUUUCCAGAUGCUCUUGAAGUUCAAGCUUUGGUCAGGAGCAAGGGCCUUUUCUCCUUCUAUGAAGAUGGACACCAGGAGUGCUGCCGUGUGAGGAAGGUCAGGCCGUUGAGGCGGGCCCUAAAGGGGCUCCGGGCAUGGAUAACUGGCCAACGCAAGGAUCAGUCUCCUGGAACUCGAUCAGAAGUCCCCAUUGUCCAAGUCGAUCCUGUUUUUGAAGGUUUGGAUGGUGGAAUAGGGAGCUUGGUGAAGUGGAAUCCGGUGGCUAAUGUGAAGGGAAAUGAUGUCUGGAACUUCCUCCGGACAAUGAAUGUGCCUGUGAACUCGUUGCACGCUCAAGGCUACAUCUCUAUUGGGUGUGAGCCUUGCACGAGGCCGGUCCUACCUGGGCAGCACGAGCGUGAGGGAAGGUGGUGGUGGGAGGAUGCCAAGGCCAAGGAGUGUGGCCUGCACAAGGGCAACAUCAAGGAGGAGAACUCAACCAGCAACAGUGUCAAUGCCAGUGGGACUGCCCCGGUUGCUGAUCUCUUCACCAGCGAGAACGUUGUAACCUUGAGCCGGCAGGGAGUUGACAACUUGCUGAAGCUGGAAAACAGGCAGGAGGCGUGGCUUGUAGUGCUAUACGCCCCUUGGUGCCAAUAUUGUCAGGCGAUGGAGGGUUCGUAUGUUGAGCUGGCGGAGGCGCUGGCAGGUUCGGGAGUGAAGGUGGCAAAGUUUAGAGCAGACAGGGAGGAGAAGGCCUUCGCGCAGCAGCAGCUGCAGCUGGGAAGCUUCCCUACCAUCGUCUUUUUCCCUAAUCAUUCUCUGCGAUCGAUUAAGUAUCCUUCGGAGAACAGAGACGUGGCCUCGCUGAUGGCAUUUGUGAAUGCUCUUCAAUAAUUUUAGCAGCUGCGAUGAAAAGUAAAUAGAUGGGUGGUGGAUGGUGGUGAAGCCUCUAAAGUAGCUAUGCUUAUAGUUUAUCUCUUGUUUUGAUAUUGUCUCAGUGUCUCAAUUUUGUAAGUUUUUAUGGUGCCCAUGUUAAAUGAUCGUUCGACGUGGAUAA